GAAUAGUCAUUCGCAUAGCGAAAAGUGUAUAAUAUAGUAACACUCAUUCAGCAGUUCAGCAGUAUAGUACGUCGUCACCACGUGUUAGUAAAAUGACGCCUGAAUCAUGGUUAAAGAAUAUUCAAAAUGCCAAGAUAACUGUUCUUAUUCAGGAUGGAAGAAGAAAAGUUCAUUUUUUAUUAGAAAAUGGCGAGGAAAUGGUAGAAGAAUAUAACAUGGAUACAAAUGUAGUAGUACGAAGAAUAUGGAAAAAGAAAAAUAGUUUUGGUACAGAUCAGGGGUGGAUCGUAGAAAUUGGGGAUCCUGAACCUAAAGAAAAUAAUAUUGAAAAAGAGGGGAUACAAGAAAGUUCAAAUACUCCAUUUGUUACACAGAGAAUUACAAAAACAUCCCUGGAGUGGCGAAUUAGAAAUUUACCAUAUCCUAGUAAUGUAUACUCUAUUACUGCAGAGAAAGAUAAUACUAUAACUGUACGUACAAGUAACAAAAAGUACUUCAAAAAGUUAAGGGCUCUAGAUCUCGAGCGAAUUGGGCUAAAGCCAGAGCAGGAACGGAUAUCAUUUAAGCAUCAGUAUAAUACUUUAAUUAUUAUGUAUAAAAAGCCUCCUGAACUUUUUGAUGUGGAAAAAAAAAUAUUAUCCAAGAUUCUACAGAUUAAAGCUACAGAAUCUCCAAAUCAAUGUCCAGUCAGUUAACAAAAAGUAUUACAAUUAAAUUCCUUACUUUUGGUUAAAUUAUGGAUUAAGAUUUGUGAUAAUUUUAUUUUUAAUAUUCUGAAAUUAAAAAUUUUCGUUGCUUCUUUUGCACAUAACAAUUUAUGAAUUAAUAUUAUGUAUUUAAAAUUUGUGAUAAUUAUUUCUAUAAUUUGAAUUUCGCGUCUUAAAAAAUAAUACUAAAUAUUUACAUCAUUCAUUAAUAGAAGCUAAAAAGAAAGAAUAUUAAAUUAGUAAAUAAUACAAGGACUAUUGCACAAAUAUUUUUUUUAAACUCACGUUUUAUUUAAAUGCAUAGAAAUUAAAUUGCUUGAAAAAUUUAUCGCUUUUAUCUCGUUUUUAUAAUCAUGUACUUAAACGUAAUGAUCAUAAGUUCAUAAGUUCUAAAGCGGAAAAUAAUUUGUGUUAUAUGUUAAUAAAGUAAUAAGUUUUUGAUUUAUGAAAAUUUCCAAAAGGGCUCCUAUGUAAAAUAUUUAUUUGGUUAGUGAUACUUGAACUACUUACUUUAACGAUGCUUUGAGCCUGUGAUCGCGCAGAGUUUUUACCCUUUAUAAGACUGUCACACGUUUGCACCGACGCGAUAUACUAAAUUUACGCAUAAUAAAAUCGCCCGAUACUUUUCUCGCACUCCCGAUAACACGCGUUUAUUUGCAGACAAUAUUUAUUCUCACAAUCAGCAGAUUCGGUAUAUCCGAUGACUCGGAUGAUAUGAUGAGAUAAAAGAUUCUUACGUUUGUAAUAUUUUACCGUAAUAUAUCUGUAGCGAUCACAGUAUUAAUAAUAACAAUGAUAUUAAUUACAGCGACUUAUUUCAACACUCAUGUUGCUCGA